AUGGGGUCGGCCGUGUCCAGGUUGCUGGCCAAAACAUUGCGUCGAAGGCCGCUUCACUCGCAUCACAGGACGUCGACGUCGAGCUCGCGAGGGGGGUCAGCCGCCUCACACUCGACAGCGCCAGCGAUUCCGAAGCGCCUGAAGAAGUUUUCCUACUCGGAGGUGCGCCUCAUGAAGCAGUACCUGCCGUCCUUCGUCUACUAUGAAAAGUCCACGGAGAAGCACCGGCAGAUCGCCGCGCAGCACUGGGAACGAGUCUUCAACGCUGCACCUCCGCGCAAGAAUUCCAUGACACCGACCGAUACCCCCAGCGGCGCAAAUAAGGAGCCAAAGCACCUGAACAAGGCGCAAAAUAGCAAGAUCACGGAGCUCUACGACGUCUUUUAUGCCUACCUAGAGGAGCACGGCGGGGACCUGAAGCACGUAUUCCGAUCCUCCAUGCACGUCCGCGGCCGCGUGCUAGUCCACAUCAGCGCUGGCAUGCGGACCAUGUUGGCGUCCGACAACAUCACGGACAAGAUCGCUGCUCUCACCAAGACCCACCGCCGAUUCGGAGUGAAGCCCGAGCACUACGACUGCGUGGAGCGAGGGCUCAUUCACGCCAUGGAGCGCACGUCGGGCGAGAACUGGAGCCCGGAGAUCGACGACGCCUGGAGGCGGAUGUUCUCGCACUCGAGCGUGAUUCUCAUCCGUUCGCAGAGGAAGGACGAGAGGCAAAAUGCCAAGGAGUUCGCACGCUUGGCCAAGGCGAAGGGGCGACUGUCGAACGGAGGCGUGUCGACUUUGGUGGGCGCGAAGCCGUCGGGGUUCUCGUUGAGCAUGGGGGCAAAGUUUUCGAGCGCUUUCUCGUCACGGUUCUCGACGGCCUAUUCGUCGACAGCAGAGAAGACACGGUCAAGAGCACAAGGGAGCGAGGAGGUGUCGUUCACCCCGGAGGUGGGAACGCGGCUGCACUCAAAACUGUCGAGGAACAGUUCACCGACCUGAGAGACCAGUAGAAAAACAAGAGUGAGCAACGUAUUUACUGUACUGAAUUACGCACGCUGCCAGUUCGAGCUUGCGCUUGUUUCUUCGACCCACCCAGGAUGUGCUCUUGAGCCAAACACCGAACUGUGGCAGUUUGAAUCGUCACAGCGGAGCGUACAGCUCGC